AUGAAUUCAAACCAUUUUACAACUGAGUUCUUACCCAGAACAUUGAACCCUUUUUCACCUUACAACCAAUUUUCCUUUCUUAAACCUUUCAACAAAUCCCCAAACCUAAAAUUUCAACCCCACAAACCCUUUCAAGUUGUUUCUUUGAGUUCUGGCAAGAAUUACAGUGUCUGCAGUACUAGAGAUGCUCGGGCUUAUGCGGGUCGUAGCAAGAAGACGGGUGGUGCAUCGUCUUCCGGUGGUAGACUAGAAGGAAAUGCCGAGUUUCGGAGACGGUUGAAGCGGAAUGCUAAGGUGAAAAGUAAGAAGCUUGCUGAGUCUUUGUUCUAUAGGUUGAAGAACCCUAAGGGGCGUGGGAAUUAUCCGGAUAAUUUCUCUGAGGAUUUGCUUCAACAAAUCGGGCUUGGAUAUGAUCGACUGGUUCGGUUCAUGGAGAAAGAUGAUCCGAAUUUACGCCACCCGUAUGAUUGGUAUAAGUAUGGUGAAUACGGGCCAUAUUCGUGGCGUGGGAUCGUUGUUGGUGAGCCGGUUAGUGGUGGGAUUACGGAUGAAUGUGUGACGAUAAUUAGUGAAGUGAAGGAUCAUGAAGAGUGGGAGGAGAUUGAGAAACAUGAAAUGGCUGCUGAUUUUGGGGAGAAGGUGAAGCUUUUGGAUCAAACUAAGUUAAGGUAUUUUUGGGUUUUUGUUAGGCAUCCGAAGUGGAGAGUUUCGGAGCUUCCUUGGCAGCAAUGGACGUUGGUUAGUGAAGUAGUAGUUGAAGCUGGGAAGCAGAGGUUAGAUAAGUGGAGUUUGAUGGGUAGACUUGGGAACAAGGCGAGGUCGUUGAUAGGACAAUGUGCGGCGUGGAUGAGACCUGAUAUUGUGUAUGUUAAGCGGCCGGUGUUUCAGUGUAGGUUUGAGCCUCAGGAUAACUUUUUUAAUGCGAUAAUUCCGUUUCUUGAUCCUAGUACUGAACAGGAUUACCUUUGCGAGGUGCAAAAUGAUGAUGGGAGUGUUGAGACAUGUACUUAUUAUGGUGGGUUGUGUAAGAUUGUGAAGGUGAAUCAGAAGGCUUUUGUUGAUGAUGUGGUUAACGCGUAUCAGAAAUUGAGUGACGAGAAAAAGUCGAAAUGUUUGGAGUUUCUUUUGGGGCAUCAUCCGGUGGAAAUUUUGCAUCCGUAUACUAAAGAGUGGAAGGCUAAGUUGGAAGAGAUGGAGCUUGGUUGUGAUGCUCCUGAUGAAGAAGAUGAUGUUGUUGGUGAUAAUGAUACUGAGAUUCUUGAUUGGAUUGAGGAUGAAGGUAGCGAUGGAGAUGCUGAGUUUGAUGACGAUGAUGAUGAGAAUGACGAAGAGGAAGAGGAGGAGGAGAUUGAUGAUUUUGAUGUUGACGAAGACCAAAAUCUUGUUACAGACAUGGAAGAAAGCGAAGAUGGUAAAUUUCAUGCGAUGGAGGAAGACAUGAAGGGCUGGAAGGAGUUUCGAAAAUCAACAAAUAGUGCAGAGGCAAUAGAAAAUAUGGCAAGAAAGAGUGUCGAGCUCUCUACAAAGUUAUAUAAGAAGCAAAUGAUGACAGCGGAAGAGGGAGAGGAAGAAACAAUGCAUGGUUCGUUAGAUGGAGACGAAACCGCCUUGAGAGGAAAGCGAGCAAAGGUCAGUCCAGAAGAGUGGAAGUAUGUUGGGCUCGGUCCGUGGAGAAAAAAGAUUAAGAAGAGCAAACUUCCUCCAGAUCUAUUUCUGCGAGCAGCGGUUCGACCUUUCACUUACAGAAAUCUUGUUAAAGAGAUUGUUUUAACUAGGCAUGCAAUUUUGGAUGGUGAUAUUGGUAAGAAAGAAUAA